GGCGCGCUCGCUACUGCUUUGAUGUGGGAGCGCGCUUUGGCACGCGGUGAUUAUUUGUAAACAGCUGUUCCGCGCGCCAUCGGUCACCUCUCCGUUCCUACGUCUGUUACUUCUAUUUUUUUUUUUUAAUCAGUCAUGCUCCAACUGAAUGAUUCAGUUGAGCCAGAAAGUCCAGGAGCUGCCGUGUUGCAUACCGCCGACAGUGAAGAUGGUUUAGAUGUGGCGUUUACACAGCCGAGAGCCACUGCCGCCUCGGCUGGAAGGGUGGCCUGCUGCUCGCCGCUGCAAACCCUCACCCCUUUCCAUGUUCACAAUCCCACCGUACAGGCCAGAGUGAAGGACUACUUCGUGUUCAGGCCAGGCACUAUUGAGCAAGCUGUGAAUGACAUCCGAGCUGUUGCCAUGCCUUCUGAGGAUGGAGAGGUGCAGAGUGUUUGGCUCCUUACAGAGAUUGACCAUUGGAACAAUGAAAAAGAGCGCCUAGUACUAAUCACCGACAGGUCCCUUUUGAUCUGCAAGUAUGACUUCAUCAGUCUCCUGUGUCAACAAGUGAUCAGGGUCUCUCUUAAUGCAGUUGAUACCAUCUCACUUGGAGAGUUUGAGUUUCCUCCCAAGUCCCUGAACAAGAGAGAAGGGUAUGGUCUCCGUGUACAAUGGGAUAAGCGGUCUCGUCCUUCGUUUGUCAGUCGCUGGAAUCCAUGGUCCACAGAUGUACCAUAUGCUACAUUUACAGAACAUCCAAUGGCUAAUGCUGAUGAGAAGAUAGCCACACUCUGUCAGUUGGAGAACUUCAAAACGCAACUUAUCCAAGCUGUCAAAAAGGCCCAUAAAGAAAAUCCUCUUCCUGGCAGAGCCAAUGGGGUCCUCAUUCUUGAGCGUCCUCUCCUCAUAGAGACCUACCUGGGACUGAUGUCCUUCAUCAAUAACGAGGCCAAGCUCGGCUAUUCCAUGACCAGAGGCAAAAUUGGAUUUUAAAAUGUAGCUUUCCAGUUUUGCUUUCCCCUGUGUGUGUGAAACUUACUAUUUUGGGAUACAGCUUGCUAAUUUUACUUGUCAGCUUAUACUGCAAAAUGAGCCCACAUACUAGUUUGUCUGUCUGUCUGAUUACAACUCAUAAUUACUGAUAAUUUGAGGCUAAAAACAAGCAGCACAAUUCAGACUUUACAGCCACGUGCCUAAUUCUUGUGCUCCAUGUGUUUAAGGUUGACCAUUGUUUAAACCCAAUUUGUAAGAGUAAUGUAGAAAUCUAACAAUGGCUUUUCUGUGGCAAUGACGUGAGAGCCAGGGCUUUUUUGUUUACAUGAUUGCCUCUAGCCUGGCUCUAGUGACAGAUGUUACCAUUUUGUGGAACAGUUGGACGAGCACCUCAUGAUCAUCCUCGAUAGCAAUCGACUUUUACUUUCCAAAGUAUGCACUGUAUUUGCAUUUGUGGGGAUGAAGAUUUUCAGACCACGUGCACCGUCUCUAAGGGGUAGCAGCCCCGAGCAGGUACGCGGCUCUCUUUACAAGCAUCUUCAUGUACCUCAUUUCAGUUUCUUCCUCUGGAAAAUCUCACCCAUUAAACAUUUCUAUGGCCCAGUUGAUGGUUUUUAGCUUCACUUUCACAUGCCAAGGUUUUUCUUUUUGUAUGUUUCCAAAACUGCUAGCAUAAGCACAAACUUUAUUCAAAUGUUUUGGUACAAGUUUUGAAAUUUGUCAUUUUUCAUAUGUUAUUACUUUUUUAUAGGUGAAAACUAUGUGACUGCCUGUUUAAAAUAACCUUUAUUUAUAAUUUACUGUAUGUUUUUGCUACACUAAUCUCAUUAUUUGCAGUUAACUGCUAAGCUAAAAUAGCAGUGUAUAUGUGGGAAUGUAAUUGGUUUGCCAAGAAUCGGUUUGCAGCCUUAGGAUGGCAGCAAACUAAUUAAGCAAGUUAUCCUUUACAAAUGUAAUAGAAACAAAUCAGAAGAUCAUGAAAAAUCACUCCAGAUGGUCAAGUUUGGAACUGGAGAUAUGCAACAAAUACUUAUGCAUACUUAUGUAUAAGUUAAAAAAGUAAACAGCUGAGCCACCUAAUUCCUCUAACCCACAGUAAAGGCCCUUCCACUUUGCUGUUUAAGCUAUCCAUUUUCUUAAGAUAUUAUGAAUUCAUGUAGUGCUUUAUAUCUCAGGUCUUUAAAUACCUGAGAAUUUCACUUAUAGUUAGUUAGCAGUGGCGUCUGGAGCUGCCAGUGGUAAGUUUUGAGGUGAAAAAUGUCCCGUAUUUUUAUUAUCUUGUACAUUCUUAUUCACAGUUACUUCUCAGAAAUAAAAUUCAUAUGUAUCACUGAAGAGGCACAUUUCCAGUGUAAAAGUGCAGCUGUCUAAGAAAAAUACAAAUGAACACUUUAUUUCCUUUAGAUCACCAUAACAGUAACAUGGCCCCCUCUGCUGCACUCCCAUUUGCAGUGUUCAGCUGGAGCGUGUAGGUUCACAUGAGGAAGGCAUCUCCUGGAGUUAGGAAUAAGCAGAGUGGACAGCCCGACUGGAGAGCUCCCUCUGAUGGAAGGAAGGCUUCAUGCCACUGGGCUCACAUUGAUAAAUGUUCAUGUCUUCAUACCUAAGAAGAUUCCCCGUUUUAACAUUAUUACAUUCAAUUCAUUUGUCAAGCAGCAUUGUGAACAUAUCUCGCAUGAUAUAAAUAAACCUGCAUGUUACCUGAAUACGUUGCACACAUAAACGGCCGUAGUGGGCCAAGUGGGAAGUCAGGGCUGGCCGGAGUUGCUACUUGUUUUGAAUCUGAACAUUUGCUCCACAUUUGAAAAAACCCCAAGGCUACCUUUAAUAAACUGAGACUACAUGGAUUUGUGCAUUCUUUGAGAAACUAGUAGUACUUUAAAUGGAAAGCAACAGCCUUGGCUGAGUUUUUUAAACAUAUAACCUAAUCCUCGGAAAAUAUUACAGCUUUACAGAUGACACGAAAGUUUGCAUUUCAGGAUUAAUGCACUAGAACGUAGUAAUUUUUAACUAAAGAAUUCCACACCCUGAUUUGUAUUCAGUAAACUUGGGAAGCUUAUUAUUAUUAUUAUUUUUUAAAAACUGCAUAGGGUUGUCUCCUCUGCAUUAUAGUUGACAGCCAUUUCUUGAAUUGAGACUAACACACUUUACCAUUUAGUGCUCCGAUUUGCCAGCCUUGCAUCUGUCAUUGGAAGCCCACUCCCUUCACAUUUGCGGACCCUGCUUAUCUGAAAUUAUUUCAGAUGAUGGGCUUUAAUUCCCUCCGUGGGUCCAAGGGGUUUCUUCUGCAGCGACAUGCCUUAAUCAUCUCUCUACUUUGCUUCUGGGCGCUGGUAUUGAUUUGGUUUUCUUUUCAAGGUGCUACAGCAUUAAGGUCUGCAUUUGCCAGAAUGCUCUUUCUUGUGUCCAAAUCAACUUUAAUUUUCUGGAAUAUAUUAGUUAGUUGUAAGUUUGGAAUGAUGACAUGUUUUUGCACCUGAUUAAUAUUUUAAAUUUAAAAUAUUAAAUUAAAAAAUGCUUAAAUAAGACCAACUUUAAAAUGUUUAGCUGCGUGAGAUGAUCUUUUUGAUUUUUAUAAAAAGCAUAAAUGGAUAUAAGAAACUGUAGUUAUUUGUACUUCAUCUUUUGAGUUACAAAAAUACUUGGACUGUACCAAAGGCACCUUUAACUUUCUUUCCAUUCUUUUAUAUUUAAAGACUUAGAUAUUUUUGUGUGAGAAAUGAAAGUUUAACAUAAUGUAAACUGUAUCAGAAUAGUGGGCUUAUAUUCCACUCUGGCAGACAGCUUAUUUGUACUUUUUACUGUGGUUUUUUUGUUUUUAUUUAAUUCUAAAUGAUGUCCCCCAACUGCCCAAUUACAUAAAUUGUCUAGAACAUUCUGCCUUUCAGAAGGCUUGUUUUGUUAAAAAUGCCCACACUGUAUUUCUGUGUCAAAUUUUAUACUGCACUUUUUUGGUAAUAAAUAUAGAAGGCACUUUAAAGGCCAGGAAUGUAAUAUGCAUUUGCACCUACACCAGCUUUUUUUCCCGUGGUUGACUUCAGUUCUGUACACACUAAGCAUUGCCUGUAUCCUUUGAUGUACUACAUGUACACCCUAACUAUUGCUUGCAAAUAAAUUAUAAUGGGAAGAAAGACAAUAAAUAAAACUACUUCA